GCCAGCACUAGCAAGUUAAACUAACGACAAAAAUGAACAAAUCACUCAGAAAAUGAAUCAUGACUCGCGAGUCGGUAAAAAGAACCGUUCAAAAAGAAUGAACAAUUCGCGAACUGCACUUCACUAAAGAAAUGUAGGGCAGUUUGAAUCAGUGAAGGAGGACAGUAACGGGACCGGUUGAAGUUUCACUUAAGAAACCACCUAUUGUUGACAUUUGCCGAAGUUAUUCAAUGGCAUGCCACGUAGAGAAAAUUGGAACAAUAUAUUAGAUUCAUGCUAGAUUUUUGGUCACUCUUGGUUGUCUAAACAACUUGUGUUGUCCUUCGCAAGGAAAUUGCAGGAACCUUCCAGUGGCGUUCCACUGUGUCACUCGGAACUAUUUCCUAACCGGACUAUGGGAACACUUGUUAUCCUCAAAGGUUCAGGAAGAAAAACGACGAAGGAAAUUACAGUUUAAAUGAUAGCGUACAAUAUAAUUAGAGACGUGAAAUAUACAGCUCCGGGAGAAGUUUGAAGUAUUCAAGUAUGGAGUCGGGUCGACGGAAAGGUUUCAACGGAGUCCUGUCUUCCUUGUCUCUGCUCUGUGUCAUUCUGGACAUCCAGUUGGACGGUGUCUUGGGGGCAACUCAUGUGGAGAUUGAGCAGCACUUGGAGAUGGGCCGUAAGCUGUUGGCCGCUGGUCAACUGGCGGAGGCUUUGUCCCACUACCACUAUGCAGUGGAGGGAGACUCUAAGAACUACCUCACCUACUACAAGCGGGCAGCUGUGUUUCUGGCCAUGGGGAAGUCCAAAUCAGCCCUUCCAGAUCUGACCAGAGCCAUCCAGCUCAAACCAGACUUCCUGGCUGCCAGACUGCAGAGAGGGAAUAUCCUCCUGAAGCAGGGCAACACCCAGGAUGCACGGGAGGACUUUGAGACUGUGCUGCAUCGCUCCCCUGACCAGGAGGAGGCACGGGACCAGUUGAUGAGGGCCAACAAGCUGGAGGAGCUGCGGGAGGAGGCCCACGCGGCCCACCACAGAGGAGACUACAGCACCACCAUCACUGUGCUGGACCGCGUCGUAGAGCUCUCCCCCUGGGACCCUGAGUCACGGGAGCUCCGAGCGGAUUGCUACAUCCGCCUGGGAGAUCCCAGGAAGGCCAUCCACGACCUGACUCCCACCACCCAGCUGAGGAAUGACAACCGAGCUGCCUUCCUCAAGCUCAGCAUCCUGCAUUAUAGCCUGGGAGAGCACCAGGAGUCACUAGGUCACGUCCGAGAGUGUCUGAAGCUGGACCAGGAUGACAAGGACUGUUUAUCCCACUACAAACAGGUGAAGAAGCUCAGCAAGCAGCUGGACUCUGCCGAGGAGCACAUCGAGGAGGCGAGGUAUCAGGAGGCCAUAGUCAAGUAUGAGUCAGUGAUGAGAAGAGAGCCUAAUGUCCCAUACUACACCAACAAGGCCAAUGAGAGGAUCUGCUUCUGCCUGGUCAAGAACAAGAUGACUGCUAAGGCAAUAGACCUCUGUUCUGAAGCCCACCAGAGAGACCCACGCAACAUCAACAUCCUCCGAGACAGAGCUGAGGCUUUCAUCCUCAACCAGGACUACGAGAAAGCGGUCGAAGACUACCAGGAAGCGAGGGAGUUUGACAUGGAGAACAAUGAGAUCAGGGAAGGUCUGGAGCGAGCCCAAAAACUGCUCAAGCUCUCCCGGAAGAGAGACUAUUACAAGAUCUUGGGUGUCAAUAGGAGUGCCAACAAACAGGAAAUCAUCAAGGCGUACAGGAAGCUGGCCCAACAGUGGCAUCCUGACAACUUCAGAGAGGAGGCAAAGAAGAAGGAGGCGGAGAAAAGGUUCAUCGACAUCGCCUCUGCUAAAGAGGUGCUAACCGACCCAGAAAAGCGUCAGAAAUUUGACUCGGGCGAGGACCCCCUGGACCCAGAGAGCCAGCAGGGUGGAGGAGGGGGUCAGGGUGGCCAAGGACGGCCCUUCCACUUCAACCCCUUCGAGUCCGGCGGCAACUACCACUUCAAGUUCAACCACUAGUGAGGACGAGAAACAUGCGGGGGCUGACGGAACCGGAAAGGACCUACGAUUGGGGGAUUUAAGGCCUAUGAAAACCCGUGGAGUAAUUUAUGGAUGUACCCAGGUGUCGGGUUUGGGGGAUUGUGGGUAAUGUAAUGAGACUACGGGGACGUGAAUGACUGUCAAAGGCGGUGGACUACUACUGUCCCUCGAGGGUUAAACUUUCUACCACAGAUUCUACAUGGAUGAAACUGGGUGACAAUGUGUCGGCAAGUUGACUCUGAAAAGUAUUUUAUUAGGAUCCCCAAUUAGGCGCUUCCAAGGCAAUGUCUACUCUUCCUGGGGUCGAAACAGGAAACAAAAAAACAAAUAAUAUACAAUACAUAAAAAUGUCUGUCUCCACAGUCGGCGUCGUGAGGUGUUUUUUUAUCUGGUUUUAAGGCUGGCUGAUAAUCUUACCUGGGGUGGGAGAGUUCCAUGUAGUCAUGGCUCUAAUUUAAUACUGUGCAUUUCCCAGCCUCAUUUCUUGACCUGGGGACUAUGAAGAGUCUUCUGGCUGCAUGUAUUGAGUGGUACUGAACUGUGUACCAACUGCUUGAACGGACAGUUCAGUACCUUUUUUACCCAUCAUCACCUCACACAAAGACCAAUAGUGACGCAGUCAAUCAAUCCUCAACUUUGACCCAAAAGAGAUUGACAUGCAUACCACUGAUAUUCACCCUCCGCGUACAUCUAAGUGCAAUAUGUGCUGCUCUGUUCUGGAGCAAUUGCAAUUUUCCACUCGAGUGGUCGACGAUGCGAGAAUGAAGACUGGUAUAGGUGUGCUGUUCAGUCCUCCCAACUAGGCCCAGGUUGUAGAUGACAUCAGUGCAUCCCUCCUCCAGUAUCCAUGUCCUUUUUCUUUGGGAUGUCUGUCUGCUGCUUUUGCUUUGUUUGCAGUUUUUUUUCUUUUUCGCCUCAUUUUUCCUCUAAGGGCUCGUUUUGGUAACAACGUAGCUCUUUUGGUUUUUGCUCUGCUACAAUAACCUGGGUGUCGGACUCCUUAUCCAUUUAUUUAUAAUGCUAAAAUGAGCUCAAGUCGGAUAAAAUCAGAUUCAGACUGACAUCCAAGCUACUCAGACAGAUUAUAUUCAGAAAAGUACAACAUUCAGAGUUUUCAGAAUGUUUUAUAAGAGAUUGAUGUCGUUCUCUUCACCACACAAACUAUGUGUCUGUUCUGUUUUUUUAAUAUUUCUUAUAUUUCUAUCUGCAAAGCUCUGAACGUUGUUCUCCACUAAAUUGGCUUUCACCCCUUCCUGGUUGCGUACCCAAUCACCAUAGAAAAUUAUAGAGGCCUCUAGUGGCCAAAAGGCAGUUUUGGCAUGGGCAGUGCCAUUGAGGGCUUCCACCAUUUUAAUGUAGUCAACUGGGAGGGACUUCCAACUUCAUUGGCUGAUGACCAACCAGGAUCAGCCAAUCGUGAAGAAAAUUGACUAUAUAAAAAUUGAGCUUGCUAUAAUGGCACAGAUAUAAAGAUGAGUCCUUUCUCAAUGCCAAUCACAUGACUCCUUCCUAGUUGUGUACCCAAUCAAAAGGGUAAGCAUGAAGCUUCUCUGUCUACUUCCUGAAAGAGCCUGCGUUGUUGCAUUCUCUCUCCUUUUUUCAUUGAUUUCAAAGCAUGUCUGAAUGAAAACUUGCACUUUUUGUAUUUUGUCUAUUUUUUUCUACUUUUUAAUAACCACUCCUGAUGUUACUGAAAAUGUGUUCCACGGUUCAAAGUAACUGAAGGGACUGUCUGCAACAACGAACAAACUAUUGAGUCAUUUUAAUGUGUCAAACAAAUGAUAGACUACAACAUGUAUGGACUGUCAAUAUCGUCCCAUCAACUAUUAACAUGCAUUGAAUUCUAAGGAUACAGUAUAGCUGUAACUGAAAGCUUUGAAUGUCACUGACUGCUAAACUACAGUGCCUUCAGAAAGUAUUCAUACCCCUUGACUUUCACCACAUGUUGUGUUACAGCCUGAAUUUAAAAUGGAUUUACACAGAUGGUUUUUAUGACGACUUCACAUAAUAACCCAUAAUGUCAAAGUGGAAUUAGGUAAUAAAUUAACAAAUGAAUGAAUAAUUAACUAAAAUUAAAA